AGUGACGCUCUCGGUGAAUGGCGAUGCAGGAAGUUCAGACGCGGGGGCUGGGAACGUGAGUCGCUUCAUGUGAAGGGUCAGAAAGGCGGUGCUUCCAGGAGCUUGUCAUUGGAGCCAAGCGUGGAGCUGCAGGUCGGCGUGGGUCGGAGGCUGAUCCCUUCUCCACAGUGAUGAUGUCGAGCCUUAUUAAUUUCCAAAAUGAAGCGGAAGUUAAAGAGUUCCUGGACAAUCUGGGCAUCGAAUACAGUUACCAGUGCCGCAAGGAGAAGGACCCGGAAGGAUGUCAACGACUUGCUGAUUAUUUGGAAGGAAUUAAAAAAAACUACGAGGCAGCUGCUGAGAUAUUGAAACACAACUGUGAGAAAAACCAUCAUGGAGAAAGCUGCUAUAAGCUCGGUACUUACUAUGUGACUGGAAAAGGUGGAUUACAACAAAAUAUGAAGACUGCAUAUGAAUGCUUUGUUAAAUCGUGUGAGAAAGGUGGUAAGAAGUCAAUUGACGCCUGCCAUAAUGCUGCACUGUUGGCUCAUGAUGGACAAGUAUUCGAUAAUAAACCAAACUCCAUAAAAGCCAGAGAUUAUUACACCAGAUCCUGCAAUGGAAACUUUGUAGCUAGCUGCUUUAAUCUAAGUACUCUGUAUAUGCAGGGAGCUCCAGGUGUGACCAAGGACAUGGCUCAGGCCAUGAAAUAUUCUCUUAAAGCAUGUGAGUUAGGUCACAUCUGGGCUUGUGCAAACACAAGUCGAAUGUACAAGUUAGGAGAAGGUGUAUCUAAAGAUGAUGAAAAGGCAGAACUUUUCAAAAACAGAGCUAAAGAUCUACAUAGAGAGCAAAAUGAAUUUUCACAGCAAUUAAAGUUUGGACAAUGAUAUCAAAUUCUAGUGUAAACUUGUUUUUUCUUGGUGGAAUAUAUUUGCUUCAAAAAUGAUCAAACAAACUUUGGGCAAAACAGAAUUGGGCCUAUAUGUGGCAUAACCCUCAAACUUUCUAACAUGGUUCACAUAUUAAGCGUGAAAGUCUCCUUGGGUAUAAAAUGAAAACUGCAUCCAAGGUUGAAGACAUUUUUGAUACCUACUACAGAAUCCUGAGGGGCCCUGGCUCAGAGCUUCAUCAGGUCAGCAACUUUCAAUGGGUUCAUCCAAACUAAACUCCACGCGGUACAUCUGUAGCCCACAGGUGGUACAUGCCAACCUGUAGUAAUAGGACUUGUGAUGGUCUGCUCUCAUGGAAAUUAUAAGCCCACCCAGUACUGAGAGCCACCUUCAAAAGUAAGUCCAAAAAACAUAAACCUCUAGGCUGCCAUCUGUUCAGUUUCCCUCAAUGCCUCAAUCUUGCUUCCAGAGGCAGCUAUUCAUGAUUAUAUCCCCAUUCUAAUGGUCCAGCCUCCCGGCUCUGAACACCUGCCACCAUUCCAACCAGCCUCUCUGUCACCUACAAUCCAGACCAACUUCUCUAACUUCAGAUAGCCCUUGCUUUCUCUCUCCAUCCCUUUCUCAGUUCUCCCACUAGUCUUACUGUCUCCGACUACAUUCUAUCUUUGUCCCACCCCCUCCCCUGACAUCAGUCUGAAGAAGGGUCUCGACCCGAAACGUCGGCCAUUCCUUCUCUCCAGAGAUGCUGCCUCACCCGCUGAGUUACUCCAGCAUUUUGCGUCUACCAACAUCCGAUCUGUUAUUCUUCCAUUAUGGCAGAAUGAGCAGCCUUUGAAUGCUUCAACCUUCCAAGGUUGUGUUAAUUGCUCAUUAAGUUUACAGCCUUGCCUCAAAAUUAUUUUGCUGCUGCAGCAGCACAGGAGAGUUAUGUUUUUCGGUCUGCUGCACUUGACCAUAUCCCAAUGAAGAAUACAACCCACCAUGUAGCUUAAACCACUAUGUGCAGUUCCAAUAGCUGCAGGGAGCUGUUCCAUCCUUUUAACAUUUAAAUUUGUACAUUAUUAUAAAGUUUUCAGAACGGUGAUCUUAUCAAAGCUAUGUUUUACGUGAGAGCCUUCAUCUAAUGGAAGGGGAGCAGGGGUUGCUUUUAACAGUUCAGAUCCAACCUAUUGAGCAGAAAACAAUGAAAUGUACUAGCAUUACCUUAAUAAACUGUGAUGGGUUUCUCAGUCUGUGAUUGUUUUGGUUACCUAGAAAUCCCAUUUUGAAGAGAUCCUUCCCUGGAAGGUACCCAGCGUUCAUACAGUUUUUGUUGAUAAAGCUGCUGGCUGUUCAGGUAGUUUAUUGGCCCGUUGAUGCUCUCGUGUAAAGGAAGAAAGCAUAGCAAGUUUACCAUGAUGCUGUUAGAAUUUAGUAGAUAUUCCAAACAAAAAACGAUGCGUGACAUUCUUUUGAUAAAAUACGUCUGUUUCUCUUUAUUCUCCUUUGUUUAUAUCUUGCCCAUAUCACAUACUAUUUCUCAUUCCAGACAAUCAACAUGCUUUGAGGCCACAGCUGAUGUUACUCUUAACACUGGUCAUAUGCACUUGGGACUCCAAGGCACUGUUGUUUUUAAUCAGGAAAACUUCUCAACAUGUUACACAUGCUUUAAGCAUCAUAAUGAAUUACUAUUAUGUUUUACCAUGCCAAUUAUUAGCUUAGAAAUAUCUGGACAUCUCCAAAAGGUUUAUGCUUAAUAAAAGGCACAUCGUUGAUACAAGUAAUGGAAUUGAGAAAAUUUGUUUAGAUAAAAUAAAAUAUACAAUUAGAAUAAGUAAUAAAAUAAUAAAUUCACUUACGUUAUUUAUAGUGGAUUGCUUUACUUCAGUUUACUAAAGUUAAAACUAAUCAGUACCCGAGAGAAUACUUUGGGUAGUUCUGCCUGAUGGGUGAAGCCAAUGAUAUUAUGAACACCAAAAUUUCAUUGCCUUGUGGAAAUAAAAUUAAAGUAAUUUGCAGAACAAGAUCUUUUUCUCAAAUAUAGUCCCCAAAAUGUCUGCCUAUCAACAUCAUGCUUCUUUUCCUGAAUUGUUACUUGCGCAUGGCAAUUGAUGGCCUCAUUGCCAUCUACCUGGUUGUCUACUUAAAACUUUCAUAAUGAAUUUGUGUCAUUAGAUGUCUGAACAAGGCUUAAAUUAUUUUAAAUUA